CCCCCUCGCCGUCCGUGCCUGCCGCCGCGGCAGCUUCCAAUCACACUCCGCCGCUGCCACCCCCAGGUUUAUCUUCUUCUUCUCUUUGUUCUACUUCCUCCGCAGCUUCUUCUCUUACAGGGGAGCGCCUGAGAGCCGUGGGAGUGGUUUUAGACUUGGAAAGGUGCCGCUCGGCGCCGGAUGAGAAGCGAUCCAUGGAGGCCGCCGCGUCGAGAUCCGGCAGGGGGUUCGACGACGAGGAUGACGACGAUCAGGAGUUUGCGAAAAGAGAAGGCUUCUUCUUCUCCCAUAAAGAUUUGACCAUCAAAGCAGAUGGGAAAGGAAGUGGCACCGAUGACCUGCCAACUACCCCGAGGUCUAAGCAUUCUGCCAUGGAGCAGCGGAGAAGAAAUAAAAUCAAUGACAGAUUUCAGAUACUUAGGGAACUCAUACCUCAUAGCGAUCAGAAGAGAGAUAAAGCAUCAUUUCUUCUGGAGGUGAUUGAAUACAUCCAGUUUUUACAAGAGAAGGUUCAAAAAUAUGAGUCAUCUUACCCAGGAUGGAAUCAGGAUAAUGCCAAAUUGAUGCCUUGGGUAAAAGUCUAUUACAGAUCAUUCUGGAAGAAUGCACAGAACAACAACCAAACCCCUGUAGAUGGUCUAUCUGACCCUUCUCAAGUCAUUAGAAAUGGUUCUGCUCCUCCUGCAUCUGUUUUUGCUGGACAGUUUGAUGAAAAUGAUAUCCCUGCUGCACCUGCUAUGCUUUCAAAUGCUCCGAAUCCAACACAAUUGGACAUGACUACUGGUGUCCCCUACAAGAUAAUGGAAACUGCUACAGGUUUUGCUAAUAACAUGCCCUCUCAGGCUCAGCCGCAUUGGUUAGGAUCAUCCAGCCCUGCUGAUUGUGCUGUGAGCAGUGAGAUGUUGAAUGAGCAAGAAGAGUUGAUAAUUGAUGAGGGCACAAUUAACGCAUCUGCCAGCUACUCCCAAGGGCUUUUGACGUCGCUAACUCAGACAUUACAAAGUUCUGGUGUAGAUCUGUCUCAAGCCAACAUCUCUGUGCAAAUUAAUCUUGGUAAGCGAGCAACUAACAGGAGACCUACUGCCACCACUGCAUUGUCCAACUACAAGGAUCCUGAUGAUCCGGCAUCAACUAAUCAAGCAGUUGGUCGCUCGAUGAUGGGGAUCACCAAUCAGGAGUCUUCACAAGCAGCUAAGAGACACAAGGCUGAUAACUGCUAGUUCUUCCUUCCUCAGCUUAAUGUGUCACCAGCAUUGCUGAACCUUUGUUAAAUGUGUUUAUUCUGAUCAGUCUUCUAGUUUUAGCGAAUUUGAGAACUGUUGGUAUAAUUUAAUUUCCAUCGCCAUCUGCCAAUAGGCCUACAUUGCAAUAUGUGAAGCUGCUUUUCUUUUACAGGCUUCCAUAUGUUUGUGGAGUUUUGUCUAUUUUCUCAUAGGAAUGCUGUUGUAAGCUCAUCAAGAUGAUUGUCCCAUUGGCAGUAUAUUCUUGUGGACGUGAUUAGAUAUCUAUCCUUUUGAGGGUUGUACUA